UUCCCCAACCUCAAAUCAUUGUCCCAACACAGGGUUAUGGAGAUAUUACAUCAAAUAUUUCACCCUCAAAAGAAAUGAUGGGAACAAUGAUGUAUCAUUAUAAUCAUCAUCAAAUGGAUUAUGGAAAUUAUCAAAAUUAUUUUGGAAAUUUAGAAAAUUUGGGAAAUUUGGGAAAUUUAUUAGAUUAUAGUCAUUCCAGUAGUUUAUUAAAUGAUGUCUUUUUCUCAGAUCCAAUGAUUGAUGAUGAUGAUUCAAUUGAAUUAUCACUUCAAUUUGAUAGUGACGCAUCUUCUGAUACUGAUAUAUUAACUCCAUAUAAUUCGCCUUCGUCUCCUGCCGGAAUUAUAGAUGGUGGUGACGAUAUUUGGAGGUUAUUUUAUGAAGAUGAAUUUGUUAAUGAAUUAAGAGAUCAACCUUCUUUUAUUAUUACCAGACCAAAUUAUUUCGAAUUUGGUAAUAAUGGUGAUAAUUUAAUUAGUCCACCUCCACCUACUCCAGAACUUGUUAGUGAUAAUAACCUUAAACCUGAUAAAAAGAUUCGUAUUGAUGAACAAAAUGUUUCUACACCUAAUGCUAUAUCAAGUCCGGCUUCAACUUCAUCUACAAUGAUGAUGAUAAUAGAUGAACUUCAAGAAACCGAAGAAUUAGAAGUCACCUUACCACGUCCAACUCAAACUCCUACUGUUUUUGAAAAUUUAACAAAAUCAGGAAUUGAUUGGUGCAGAUACUGUGGAACCACUGAGGGUGUUAACUGGAGACCUGGUCCAUGGGGAAAGCGAACUUUAUGCAAUAAACACGGUUGUGAUUAUAAAGGUUAUGGAUUCGCAUGCAAACUUCCCCGAUUGGAUUUGACCGGUUUCGUAAAUGAAACUGUCGAAGAACGUGAACAGUCAUUCGUUGGAAAUGUUCUUGUCCGUUGUGAAGGUUGUCCCAAAGCAUUUCAUCAAAAAUGUUUUGUAGAAGGUAUCGAUGAUGAAACAGUACAAGGUACCGAACCUUGGUAUUGUGAAAAAGGUUGUCAAGAUAAUUUACGUAGGAAACGAAUAGUUGUCGAACUUCCUCGUAAGAGACUUCCCUUAAUGUCUACACCUAAAGCCCAAAUAAUUUCAUCCACUACCGAUUCAUCUUCAAUUCCUAAUUCUGGAACUACAUCACGUCCACGAACUUCUCGAAAUUCAUCAAGAGUUUAA